CGGAAGCAUGAGUUUCCUCGAGAAAAUGAGUCCUACUCAUCGUCCUCGACCGCGUCGAGCGCAAGCAAUUCGAGACAACAGAAUACAUCGUCUAUUGAUCUUCUUGAAGUUCGGAAAAGGAUCGUCGAUAAAAUAAUGGCGAAAAAACAGAAAGCGGAAGCGGAGAGAGCCCGGGAGGAAAAACUGUCGCGCUCGGGUGCCAGGAAAUCGAGAGCUCCUUUUCUAGACGUAUCACAGAGAAGCAGUGCAAGCGUGCCCGGAGUCACGCCGGGAAGGAGUCAGUCGGGAAUGUCUAUGGAUUUGACUCUGCAAGCUUCCACCACCCCUGGGAGGACCAGAGCGGACCGUUCGACCGGUAGAUCUCAGCAGAGAUCCCCUCUUCGUGGCUCGUCGCCUCCGCCCGGACGUGGUGGUGGGGAUAGAAUUCCAUCCGCGCUCGAGAGAUCAACCUCAAAACGAGCCGCCUCCGGGGCGAAGAGUCCGAAGAAGCAGCGGGCGAACUCGAGUUUCGUCCCAGAGGAAAGUCCCGAAAAGGAACCGCCUCUCACCUCGAAAACUCACAGAUCGCCAGGUACACCCCUCGCCAGCGCGAAAACUACAGAAGCCUUUCCGAAGACGAAAUCAGCUCCGGGAGUUUCGCCCAAAGCGCUCCGGUCGAAGUCCAAGACCGCUCCUGAAUCAACCGCUAGAUCGAAAACGAAGAAAUCUGCGUUGAAGCCGAAGUCGCCAACUCGAAGGAAAACGCCGCUGUCUGCGAAACCGGAAGCGCCAUUAUUCCCGCCGUCCGACGAUGAAGAGCCACCCGAAGACGUACCGGAGGCCGAAGAGGAGGCCGGAGAGGAUGAUCCGAUGCCAUCACCCUCUCCGCGUCAAACAUCGCAACUUUCUCCGACUAAAUCUUCGCGAAAAACAUCGGCAGCAACCUCACGAACGGCUCCAAAAUUAUCGACGAAGUCACCGAAGCGACAGCCUCCUGCAGCAGUCGAGACUGUCACCGAAACUCGAACACAGUCCAAACGGGCCGCAUCGCGACGGAAAAACGUACCAACGAAAACUGUAGCCGUCAGUAAGAGCCUUUCCAAGGAGAUGCAGAGGCUACAGAAGGAUCCCGGCUUCUUGAUAGCUCGACUGUCAUUCAUGCGGGUUGUUAGGAGCAUAAGUGCGGAAGUUAGUGCGGAAAAUUCAGCUUACAGAUUCACUGUCGAAGCGAUGGAGGCGCUUCAAACGGCGACCGAGUAUUAUAUGACAAACGUUUUCGUCGAUGCUGCCAAGUUGGCGAAUCACGCCAAACGUGUGACUAUACUGCCAAAAGACCUCGACUUGCUGAAAACAUUCAAGAUAAUCAACCAAUGA